AUGGCCUCCCCGAUGACCGAUCCCCUUUUGCUGUUUCGGCAAUCCAUCCGGACGUCGUCACGGAUUGUUCCUGUCGCCUCGGCCGAGUCGAACGACGAGGUUGCGCUGUCGCAGGCGACAAAUCUGGUGUUUAGUGAUGAGGGGAAGAGGGUGGUGUUGCCGGUGGAUGUGCAGAGCAGGUUCAUGAGCUCGGAGGGGAACUUGAUUGACCUGCGGUCGAUUUAUUUUGCGUGGGUGAAUAGGGAUAUCACGAUUCCGGAGUAUAAUGCUGCGGCGGAGAAGCUGAAUGAGGAGUUAACUGGGGGGAAGGGGGUGCACAAGUUUCCGUUUGUGGAGAGAUGGAAUCUGAUUGCGUAG